UGUUAAGUGUGUUUAGCCUCUUUGUUGAAGAGACGGCCAACAAGGUAACGUGCAGGCUCAUUCUGUCGCCUUCGCAUGCCUGCUGGCAGGCAUCAUUCAAGGGCUGCCUUUGGACAAGGACUUGUCAUGGAAGGUCUAUACGCAGGCAGGUGACCCUUUACCUUUCUCUUCCGUCCACAGUGACAAGGACCAUGACGCAGAGUAUGGAGACUACACAGAGCCUGACUCCUUACUUUGGUUUGGGAUGAUUGCAGAAGGUACCAAGAAUGUUGGCAAGAAUAUUGAGCCAGCGCAUCGUGGUGUGGAGCUCUAUGGGAAGUUCUGUGCAUUUUACGGAGUCCUUGGCUCAGCAUACUAUUGCGCGGCUCGUUUCCCCGAGGACUUUGAAAAGGCCAUGCUGUGCAGCUUGAAUGGAGGCGGACAAAACACCAUGCGCAGCAGCUUAGUUGGAGCACUGCUCGGCGCACGCGUGGGCCUCAAGAGCAUUCCCAAGCGCUUCAUCCAGGGUUUAGAGGACCAUGAAAACAUCGUUGCCUUGGCCACGCACGUGGCGCAAGAUGCUUUGGAUCGGGUCACGUCCUCCGAUGGUUGGCGAUGGCCGAAAGGUGAGGAAAAACUGCCGGCGAUAGGGGUCAAGAAGCAGUCUGAGUAGAGCCAGAGUUCUUCCACCAGACCAAAGCCUCAGAUGAAUUUUUCGCUUAGCUCGUUGGAAUCGAGCGAAGACAGGCUGGAGAGGGCUCAAUGAAUCGAGGAUCAAUACCCCGGAGACGUGGAAUCAUAACGCCCCAAACCUGUUUCACCCAACCUCUUUAUAGACAUGAUCC